CCCCUUGAUACUCUCCUCCAUCCCCCUGCCUGCAGGGCAUGGCUCCCGGAGUUAUAAAUGCUGCUGGAGGCUGAGAGGGGAAGACCGGCUGAAUCCCAAGCAGCAGCCCCAGCAAACACCAUGAGGGCCCUCACACUCCUCCCUUUGCUGGCCCUGGCCGCUCUCUGCCUUACUGGCCAGGCGGAAGCGAAGCCCAGUGCAGCACAGUCUGGCAGAAGCACAGCCUUCAUGUCCAAGCAGGAGGGCAGCGAGGUGGUGAAGAGAGCCCAGCGCCAAGUGAAUGACGGGCCAGGAGCCCCAGCUCCUGGUCCGGAUCCCCUGGAGCCCACGAGGGAAGUGUGUGAACUCAACCCUAACUGCGACGAGCUGGCCGACCAGGUGGGCCUGCAGGACGCCUACCAGCGCUUCUAUGGCACGGUCACAGCCUAGGGCAUCUGCUGUCCCUGCCCUCCAUCCCCCAGACCCUGCCUCCACCAUCCCAGCCUGCCCAACCUGCCAGCCACCACUGCAGAAUAAACUCGCAAG